AAAAGAGGAAGCCCUACUUGUCGCAGACAGGCUCAGUUUGAGUUUCUACUCUGAGCAGACACAACAGAAGCUGUUUCACCCUUUCUGUGAACAACAUGUGGCCAGUGAAAUAUAUUUUAAUUGUCCAACUGAGCUGUCUUUGUCAAGCUCUUCAAAACUCAGUCACUCAAACAGCUCCAACUGAUGCCCAGGUGAAACCAGAGGGAAACACCACAAAAGGAAUAACACAAGAGGAAUUCAGCAGUGACCCGUACGUUCACCACCUUGCUGGUAAAUGCAAAUGGACUCUCCGGCUGCCUGGAGACAGGAGCAGUGAUGUGGUGGCACUGUCAUCACACACAGACGCAGAUAAGCUGGUUGAACAGAUCUGUCAGGACCUCGGCUGUGGCGGCGUCUAUCAUUUGAACAUAACAAGCUCGCCUCCCAACACCACUUGCUUUCACGACUGUUUGUACAAAGACGACCGUUUGCAGAACUGUUCACAGAGUGAAGGAAGUAAUUGUGCUGUGAUUAUCGAAGCGGUCUGCGGCCACCAUCCUGUGCGGCUGGCAGGAGGCCCAGACCGCUGUGCUGGACGGGUGGAGCUGUGGAAAGACGGGAAAUGGGGCACAGUAUGUGACGACCAGUGGGACCUGAAGGAUGCCAACGUGGUGUGCGCCCAGCUCGGCUGUGGUUACGCCCUCAAUGUGACGGGCCAGGGCGGCUCCUUCCCCCCGGGCAGAGGACCCAUCCACCUCGAUGAGCUGAACUGCACUGGAACAGAGCAGAACCUGUGGACCUGUCCGGCUGCACAGGAGGAGCCCGACUGUGGACACAAGGAGGAUGCUGGUGUCAUAUGUUCAGAGAUGAGAGCGAUCAGACUGACUGGAGGUGCAGACCGCUGCUCUGGUAAAUUGGAGGUCCACCGUAACGGCAGCUGGGGUACGGUCUGUGAUAACUGCUGGAAUGAAAACAUGGCCUCCAUGGUGUGCUCCAUGCUGCAGUGUGGUACUAAGGCAGUGAAAUUCACCCAGUUUGUUCCUCCUCUCAUCCACAACAACGGGACACUGUGGUUCUAUCUGUGUGAUUCAAAGGAACAGAAUCUGUGGAAGUGUAUGGAGUUCGUAAACAAACCACACCUGUGCAUGUCUUCAAAAGCAUCUGGUGUCAUCUGUAAUGGUUCCCGCGGGUUUCUUGAAGCCACCACAGCUAACACAACGUCAAUCACCAGUUGGACGUCUGCAGGGGCAACAACGGUCGCCGCUGCUGAAGGUUUCGCCCUCUCAGCGUCUCCGGAGCUCCUCAGCACCAUCACUCUGUCUCUUCUGCUCCUCGUGUUUCUCAUCACAAACACGGUGCUCUGCUGCCAUUACAGGAAAAGACACGCUUUCUUACUCCAGCAGACGCGCACCAGCCCACGACCUCCACCCGAACAGCGUCACAACAACUACCAAGAAGCUGUUGAUCUCGUCAAAGUCACCACCAACCAGCAGCACGCGGAUGUCCCCCCCAAACCCAGGUAUCUUUGGACCCAGCUUAGUAGUGUUGACAGCACGUCAGUAGAUACAGACUAUGAGCAGUAUGACCCAAGCACUGACCCGUCUGUCCCUUUCUCAACCUUUCAGAAUUCUCAGCGCUACAGAACUGACACAAAUGCUUUGAUGAGGCCUCCGGGUCUUGGCAGCCUCUCUGAGGAAGGCCCUGAGCCUGCACAGGAACAGACGGUGGCCUUUGAAAGCUACAACGGUGGCCCCCAAGAUGGUCAAUAUGCCAGAGUGUCAAAGAUCUCCGUGGACUCGUUUGAUACCUCCAGUACCUCGUCUGGGGAAUGCUACGAAAACAUAAACAACGGCUACAUCAAUGUCAAUCCUGAUACACAACCGGACCCGUUAUCUGUUAUCCAUGGUGGUUUUGAUGCUUCCAGGUUCGUCGGCAGCAAUAAUCAACUCAACACCGGACAAACAGCAAACCAGAGCUCAAGUGAUGAAGACGACCUCUACUCCCCAGUGAGCCCCGAGUGAAACCCUUCAUCUGAGGAUGACUGUGAUGACUUUGGCAGCUAAUAUCAAACAGUGGAGGUCACACAGCCCCAGACUGAGACUGUCGAGCGGAGGAGAAUGUCUGUGAAAUUGCACUGAAAGGAGACACUGUACAUUUACAUGUACUGUAAGACCAACUAACCAUUUAGACCCUGAGACAAGCUGGUGGGCAUUAAUGUGCAAAUCACCAAAUUAAUGCUUAUUGAGAACAGCAAUAAUAUAGCUUCAGUGUACAGUUUGAGAGACUAGAAACUUGUUUUAAACACUGCAGGUAAUCCAUUACCAUGAACAAUUUGAGGGGACUAUUUAAACUUUUCUUUGAGGAGGUUGUGUUGAUGUAAAGACAUCUGACACUCAAAAUGCUGCAUUCAAGGAUGGAUUACUUCAAGUAUCUAAAGGAAGUUUCAAGUCUCUGCAAAUUCAUUUUUAGACUACACUGAGAUAAAAUGAAUGAAAACCACAAACUGUCCACAAGGCAGUAAAUCAAACAUAGAAGUUAAGGUAUCUUAUCUUUAGGUGCUCUGUGAAUGUAGUAGUUUUUUGAUUCUUUUUUUUAAAUAUAUUUUUGAUAUUCAACUAAUAUGUUUUCAUAUAAGUUUUAAGCAAUAGCUAGUGUAUAUAUUCAAGUAAUGUGCUAAUGUCUGCCAUGUAUUGAGCUCCAAUAUAAUCUCCAUAGCUGUGAAGUAAACUACAUGGCCAAAAGUAUGUGGACACCCAAACAUUACAACCAUAUGUGAUUGUUGGACAUGUCAUUCUAAUGCCACAGACAUUAACCUGCUGCUUUAACAUUCACGCUAAAGUUUUCCACAAGAUUUUGAAACCUGGCUGCAGGGAUUCACUCUCCUUCAGCUGAAAGAGCAUUAGUACUGUUGGGUGAUAAAUCAAGGGGAAGGCAACUGGCAAUUUUAACUUAUUUCAGUGAGCUGUACAUAGAAAUGCAUGUGCAAACAACCAACCAUCAAUCUGCCCAAAUGCAGGGAUGCAGGGAACCUACAUUACACAUACAGACAUGCAGUCAAAGUUGCAGUUGACAUUCCAGUUCAGCCCAAAGAUAUUGAAUAGGACUGGAUUCAGGUCACGCAAGACAGACAGGUUCUUCCACAUCAAACUGGGAAAACCCAUUUCUUUAUAGACUCUAUUAAUGUUUAUUAAAGUGUCUAUUAAUGGGAGCUUUUUGUCAUUUUCAAAAAGGAUUCUCUGUCGUAAAAAUAAUCCAGGUACAAUGAACAACACCAUAUACAACAGGAAAACGUUGUAUAAAAUACAAUAAUAAAAAAAAUCUUUCUCCCUACCUUUAACAGUGUAAUACAUGUUUUAAAAAAGGUAUAUACAAAUUUAUUUUUGCUAGAAUCCUGUAAAAAGAGGGCAAUGAAGGCAAGAGUUAACGUUUCCCUUAAUUUAAAGUAAGGGGCAGAGGCCAAACCACAGCAAAAUAACUCCAGACUGAAGGUACAUAAAAGCGUAUGUCCACAUAUUUUUUGGCCAUAAACUGUAUUUAAAUAAUGUGCUAAUACUUGCAACACAUUUUCAUGUUAAAGUUGUAAUCAAACUGUUGAGUUCUACCACAAGGUGGCACUACAAGCUUGUAAAUAACUAAAGCGCCUGACUGGA